AUGCGCCCCAUCCUCCUCCAAGGCCACGAACGGGCCCUCACCCAAGUCAAGUUCAGCAAAGAAGGCGACCUCCUCUUCUCCGUCAGCAAAGACCACGUCGUCUGCGCCUGGUACAGCGCCAACGGCGAGCGUUUCGGAACCUACAAAGGCCAUCAGGGCGCCCUGUGGACCGUCGACGUCGACCCCACCACCACCCUCCUCGCCACGGGAGGCGCAGACAACACCCUCCGACUAUGGGAGAUCAAGACCGGGAAAGAGCUGAAACGCUGGGAAUUCAACACCUCCAUCCGCCGCGCCGAAUUCAGUGAAGAUGGGCGACAACUCCUCGGCGUGACGGAGAAGCGACAAGGCCAAUUAAGCAACAUCUUCGUCUACGACAUCGUCCCCGACGUCACCGCCGACCAAUCCACCGACCCCACCCUCCACAUCACCGUCGAGCUCCCCCGCGUCACCGUCGCCGGCUUCUCCGCCCUCAGCCGCUACAUCAUCACGGGCCACGAAAACGGCAGCGUCGCCCAAUGGGACGCCAAGACCGGCGAGCUGAUCAAAGAAGAAUUCCCGCACGAAGACGGCAUGUCCGUCACCGACCUCCAAUGGUCCUCCGAUCGCACCUACUUCAUCACCGCCUCCAAGGACAAAACGGCUAAACUCAUCGAUUCCGAGACCCUCGAGGUCCUGAAGACAUAUGUCGCCGAUACCCCGCUGAAUAGUGCUGCUAUCACCCCCGAACCAACGAAUUAUGUGAUUUUGGGAGGCGGCCAAGCAGCCAUGGACGUCACCACCACGUCCGCCCGGCAGGGGAAAUUUGAAGCCCGCUUCUACCAUAAGAUUUUCGAGGAGGAAAUUGGACGUGUGAGGGGCCAUUUUGGGCCGCUGAAUUAUGUGGCGGUUAGUCCGGAUGGGAAGUGUUAUUGUUCCGGCGGGGAGGAUGGGUAUGUGCGCGUGCACCAUUUCGAUCCGCCGUAUUUUGACUUUCGGUUUGAGGUGGAGAGGGAGAGGGAGAGGGGGUUGCAGAUGUGA